UUGCGCCGUUUCUGGAGCGGAUUGGAACCCGGAGUCAGGACUCGCUAAAUGAAGGGUCUUUUGCAGAAAAGGUAACACGUUUUUCCGCAAACACACGUCCGUUUUGUCGGAAGCGGCCCCGCGGGUCGUUAGCCGAGGUGCAGCCGCUUCCCCCGCCUCGGCCCGGGCUUCCGUUUACCGCCUCUCCGGCCCGGGGCUCGGCGUUGAACGGCACCGACUCCGGUUUGGCGGUCUGCGUCUCCGGUCCAUCCGCCAUGCCGCCUGUUCUUUGUUACAUCUGAGCACAGACGAGCCGCAGAUCGGAGUUAAAACCCGGCUAGUGUUUGGGAUCGACUCAAAUCCCGGAUCCCGUGUCGGUCCCGGACUGCAUACGUUACCGUGAACAGAUCCGGCUCCCGGUGCCGUUAGUCCAACAUGACCUGAGUGUGGACCGUGAACUUCAGUCCUGUGCCCCCAUCCUCAUGUGUUUGUGUUUGAGCAGACUGCUGUGCAGAAGCUGCUCUGCUGUUGUUGUUUUCAGUCACAUGUGAUACAGUGAGCUGUGUUCAGUUUGUAGGUUUGGACAUGAUGGCAGAGCACACUGCAGAGGAGUUCAUCUGGUGUGAGGACUGUGGUCAGUACCAUGACUCCGAGUGUCCAGAACUGGGACCGUUGGUGACCGUCCAGGACUCGUUUGUCCUCAGCAGGGCCCGGUCUUCUCUACCCAACAGUCUGGAGAUCAGGGAGGUGUCCUCAGGGGUGGAGGGGGUCUACGUCCUGCGCCGGCUGGUCAAGAGGACCCGGUUCGGCCCGUUUGAGGCGAAGAGGGUCGCCCAUCUGGAACGAGAAGGAGCGUUUCCUCUCAAGAUCUUCCAGAGGGACGGUAUAGUUGUGUGUUUCGACACCAGCAGUGAGGAGGACUGUAACUGGAUGAUGCUGGUCCGACCCGCCACAGACCACAACCACCAGAACCUGACGGCGUAUCAGCAGGACGACGAGGUGUACUUCAACACGUCCCAGGAUGUUCUACCAGGGACUGAGCUCAGGGUCUGGUACGGCGCCUUCUACGCCAAGAAGAUGGAGAAGCCGAUGCUCAAACCUCCGCUUCAGCCGCCGCCCCCAGAUCUGAUUUGUGCAUCUGCGAAGUUGGAGGCUUCAGAGAAACUCGGAUCCUCAGUAUUGGAAGAAAACGGUACGAACGACAUGAUCUGCCACAUCUCCGAGGUGAAGACCCUGACAACGCUUCCUCUCGACCCCCUCCUGCCCCCGGAGGAGGGUCUGAUCGGCCCGGAAGAGGAGGUCGAUCUGGCGCCGCUCUGCCCGAAGCGAAGCCAGGUCCGAGGACGGAGGGCGAAGGGGCGGCGUCCAGCCACCGCCGCCAGUAAAAGCAGAGCGGAUGCGAAGCCUUUGGUGGAGACCUCAGACCUGGUGGCGUCCGAGGACAUGGUGGUGGCGGUCAGUCGCGGUGUCCUGUCCAACGCUGCAGACGGACCCGAACUGAAGAGACACAAAGCCCGAGAGCACAAGAGGGUUUACCGCUGCUCCCUCUGCAACAAGGUCUUCCAGAACAGCAGCAACCUCAACAGACACAUCAGAUCCCACGGUGAUAAAUUGUUCAAAUGUGAUGAAUGUGACAAGUUGUUCAGCCGCAAAGAAAGUCUAAAGCAGCACAUCUCCUACAAGCACAGCAAGAACAUGCCUGAUCUGGAGUAUAAAUAUAAAUGCAACACGUGUGAGAAAUCCUUUCGCCUGGAAAAUGCCUUAAAGUUUCACAACUGCAGGACGGAUGACAAGACGUUCCAGUGCGACAUCUGCUCGCGGUUCUUCUCCACCAACAGUAACCUCUCCAAGCACAAGAAGAAGCACGGCGAGAAGCUGUACUCCUGCGAAAUCUGCAACAAGAUGUUUUACCGCAAAGACGUAAUGCAGGAGCAUCACAGGAGACACGGCGUGGGACCAAAGCACAUGAAGCGAGAGGAGCUGGAGGCCAACGGAGAAGAAGGAACUAAGUACAGGAAGGAGCCGUCACCGUGUCCGAUCUGUGGGAAGGUGUUUUCCUGCAGGAGUAACAUGAACAAACACCUGUUGACUCAUGGAGAUAAGAAGUACACCUGUGAGAUCUGUGGACGCAAGUUCUUCCGCGUAGACGUCCUUCGGGAUCACAUUCACGUUCACUUCAAGGACAUCGCCUUAAUGGACGAGCAGGAGAGAGAGGACUUCAUCAAGAAGAUUGGCAUUUCAGCCGGCGACAGCGACGACACGGACGACGAGGAGGAUGACGACGAUCCCGAGCGUCACAAAUACAACUGCAAGAAAUGUCAACUGUCCUUCGCCAAAGGGAAGGAGUAUCUGAAACACAUCAUGGAGCAGCACAAAGAGCGAGGAUACGGAUGUGGAAUCUGCAACCGCCGCUUCGCCCUGAAGGCCACCUACAACGCUCACCUGGUCAUCCACCGCGAGCAGCUGCCCGACCCCGCUGUGCAGAAGUACAUCCAUCCAUGUGAAAUCUGUGGUCGGAUCUUCAACAGCAUCGGGAACCUGGAAAGACACAAGAUCAUCCACACCGGGGUUAAAAGUCACUGCUGUGAUAAAUGUGGAAAAUCAUUCGCCAGGAAGGACAUGUUGAAGGAGCACCUCAGGGUCCACGACGACAUCCGGGACUUCCUGUGUGCGGAAUGUGGGAAAGGCAUGAAGACCAAACACGCUCUGAGGCAUCACAUGAAGCUGCACAAAGGCAUCAAAGAGUACGAGUGUAAGGAAUGUAACCGCAAGUUCGCCCAGAAGGUCAACAUGCUCAAACACUACAAGAGGCACACGGGUAUUAAAGACUUCAUGUGUGAACUGUGUGGGAAGACGUUCAGCGAGAGGACGACGUUAGAGACGCACAAACUCAUCCACACGGUGGGGAAGACGUGGACGUGCUCCACCUGUGAUAAGAAGUACCUGACAGAGUACAUGCUGCAGAAACACGUCCACCUGACCCAUGAGAAGGUGGAGGCUCAGUCCUGUCACCUCUGUGGGACCAAAGUGUCCACCCGGGCCUCCAUGAACCGACACCUGAGGCGAAAACACCCUGAGGUCGUUUCUGUGAGAAUCGACGAGUUCGACGACCUUCAGGAAACUUCCACCAUCAAUGACUCGUCCAUCAGCAUCGUUCAGCCGACUCUGACUCUGGACAAGGACACCAUGUCUCAGGAGAGGACGGGUCGACCCGCUCGUCAAACCAAGAGGAAGCAGAGGGCGGCGGCGGAGCCCGAACUGUCGGAAUCUGACGAAUAUGUCGACUUCAGCGAACCCAGACACGAGUCCAUGGCGGAGUUCAACGCCGUCAUCGUCGGUGACGAGACCGAGACGAGUUCAGCCGUUCAGAGCAUCCAGCAGGUGGUGGUCCUCGCCGACCCCAACGCCACCACCGCCGCCUCCCCCAACAGCUCUGUGGGACUGACCAACAUCACGGUGACGCCCAUCACUAGCCCCGCCCCCACCCAGUUCACCAGCCUGCAGCCGGUGGCCGUGGGUCACCUGACCGCCGGGGACCGCCCCCUGACGCUGGACAACCCCAUCCUCACCGUGACCUUCGACACGGUCAGCGGCUCGGCCAUGCUCCACAACCGGCCCGCCGAGCUCGUCCCGGAGACGGUGGGUCCGGGCGGCGGCGGGGGGGCGGGGCCGCAGUCCGUCGCCCACUUCAUCAACCUGACCACGCUGGUCAACCCCAUGGGCCACCAGCUGGAGGCGCCCACCCUGGCGUGGAGGCCCGUCCCGACGGCCGAGGGCUCCCAGGUGGCGCCCGUGGUGGUGGAGGGGGCCCCGCCCGAGACCCCUGAGGCCCAGAACCAGGAGCCGGGUCGGUCCGGGCCGAACCAGACGCCCGGCGCUCAGACGCAGAGCGGCGCCGCCCAGCAGAUGUUCGGAUACUAGAGACGCUGGCGCCGGUCGCCGCGUUGGAAUCAAACUACAGACUGUGAACGUCACCCAGAUGCCUCCGAACCCACGACACAAUCAGAGCAGAUUUUAUCGCAUUUUUAUAAAACACGACAUGAACUGAAACACCUGAUCCCAGAUCUGUUUUAACGACUGGUCCAAAACCAAAGCCACUCAUCACAUCCAGAUGCCUUAUCAGCCUUUAAACCUGCAUGUGUUCAACGUCAACCUGCCGCUCGGAACGAAAACAGACCAAACUGAAGACGUUCGGUGAAAAACGCCGACGUUCGGCAGAGUCACUAAUGAAAUGUUAUUUUUGAAUGUGGUCAGUGUAAUUAAUGUCCAUGUGUCUGGAAAACGUACAGAAAGAUUUUUGUACUAUUUUUAAA